AUGGAAUUGAGACUCUCUAAUUGCAAACUCCAUGGUUCCAUUUCUUCUUCUCUCUGGAACCUUACACAAAUCAUUCAUUUGGACCUCUCAUUCAACAAUUUUAGUGGUAUCCUCCCUUCUCCGAUUUCAAACCUUAGAAAUCUCGCCUACUUAGACCUUUCAGAUAAUAAUCUCACAGGUCCCCUCUUUUCAUUUGGUGCAAACUUGAUAGAACUUUGGUUCUUAGAUGUGUCAAACAAUAGUCUCACUGGUCCUCUUCCUUCAAUUGUACCUCCAAAUCUACGUGUUCUGGACAUAGGCCGAAACCUGCUGGACAAUACCAUCCCAUCGUGGGUCUUCGAAUUACCCAAACUCAGAUACUUAGAUCUUAGCUAUAACAAACUGAUUGGUCAUACACUUGUGUUUGAAACAAUACCGAAAAGGAAUCAGCAAAAUAGGAAGCUGAAUCUCGGUGAAUCUAAUUUUGUAAAAGGAGGCUGCGCUACAUCAGUUGGUAUCAGAGCUCUCGUUCCAAUCCUGACUAUGGUCGGAAGACGUGAUAGAGGUCGAGGUGGAAGAGGAGGUCGUACAGUUUAUGUUGAUGAAGUCUGUGAGCGAGAUGAGGUUGCUCGAGAUGCUCGAAUAGAGGAAGAGUUUCAGAGGCUAAGAGCGGUACUUGAGAUGGUCGUGCAACGUCUUGAGGCUCUAGAAGUUGUAAACUCGUCUCGCCGUUGUCCGGUUCAACCUCGAUUUCCGAAAGAGGAGGAAGUGUCAGAUGAUAUUUCUAUCACUAGACCUUUAGCUGGAAUCAUCAGUCAAGGGGGAGGACAAUGGUGA